UUCAUUACACCUUGCUGUGUUUAAUUCACAGUAUAAUCCUGGUACUGCCACCAGCCAAAUCUCUGUUUUCCUAUGGAGUUAUAAAGAAGGGACAUAUGCCAAAAUAUGUGAUUUAGCAUAGCUUGCAGUGAUGUGUAGAGAUCUGUUUGACGAGACACCUAUAUGACAAGAUGAAAGGCUGGGAACCCGCCAUACGUAAAAGUCAGGCGCUGAGAGCCAUUACAAAGAAAUGAUUUGAACAGUGUUAUGAUCAUGGGAUGCCGCUGCUUUUUUGAAGUGCACUCUUUCGAUCUAAAGAUUUGACAGUUUUUUGUACCGUCAAACUUUUCUCAGUUUAAGCUGCUGUUUCUUCCUAGCACAACCCGGAUUCACGUACCAACACAGUGGCGUCUGCAAGAGUAUAAAUAAAUUCAAGGAUUGACAACCAAAUAAGACCUUUGUUUUUUCUCAAUUUUUUAUCCCAUCUUCUCCUUUCUAUGCUUUGUGAUUAUCUAAUUUGAUACUUUUCGCCCUCCUCAUAUGCUGCUUAGGGAUUUGAAGUGUCUAAAAAAGAAAUAUUUGAAGAAAUAUGGUGUGCAAAAUUGGCUUAGGAUGAUUGCUUCCAACCAAGAGUGCAAUGUCUUUGAGCUCCAAUACUUACAUUGCAGAGACGGUGCUAUGGAGGUGCCCUGUUUAAUUUCUGCUACCUUGUGUUCCCCUCUGGGUUUUGAAUACUGGACAUGAAUGCUGCCAGAUGUCUAUCAGGAAUCUAGUUUGUCUAGAAAUUUUUAAGCCCUUAGGCCGUGGAUCUGUAAUUGUUCACCAUAUCUUAAUUUUCUUUUGGGCUCUGGCUGGCUAGUGUAGGUGCAGAAGGGCUAUAAUCUGACAUAACUGUAGAGGAAGAAUCUUUUGAUGUGUUUAGAGAAUCUCUUUGAGUGCUGUUGGUCUUUCGAUAUACAUGCACAGGCUAUGCAUUUCGGCUUAGAAUUUGUUGGUUGGUUUAGAAAAGCCCUUUCAUGCAAAAGCUAACAACCGCGGCACUUAUUUAAAUGGAGGGCGCCGUCCAGCUCCCGCCAACCUUCGAGCGCUACGAAAUGCGAGCAGCCUCAUCCUCCAAGCUGAUAUCUUUGACCCACCCCACCCUCCACCUCUCCCACCCCACCCCCGACGCCUUCUUCUGGAACUCCCUCAUCCGUGCCCACCCCGCCGUCGCCCUCUCCCUCUACCGCCGCAUGCUUCUCCACGGCGUCCGCCCCGACCUCUAUACUUUCCCCUUCCUCCUCCUCUCCUUCUCCUCCCCCUCCCCCCUCCCUCCAGCCGCACUCCCCCUCCUCCAUGCCCACGCCCUCCUCUCCGGCUUCGCCUCCCACCCGUUCGUCCGCACCUCCCUCGUCUCCGCCUACUCCCACUGCUCCUCCCUCCCCCUUGCCCGCCGCCUCUUCGACGAAAUCCCACUCCCCGACCUCCCUUCCUGGAAUUCCAUCAUCUCUGCUUACCUCAGGGCCGGCCUCCUCAUCUCCGCCCUCCAAAUAUUCGUGAAAAUGCCCGAGAGAAACGUGGUCGCUUGGAGCUGCAUGAUAGAUGGCUUCGUCAAAUGCGGCGACCACAGGGGAGCGCUGCAAUUGUUCCGCGACAUGCAGAGAGAAGCGUAUGUCAAGCCGAAUGAGUUCACUAUGUCGAGCGUGCUUGCUGCUUGUGCGAAAUUGGGUGCGCUCGAGCACGGGAAGUGGGCGCACGCGUACAUCGACCGGAGCGGCAUGAAGGUGAACAUGGUGCUGGGGACUUCUUUGAUCGAUAUGUAUGCCAAGUGCGGGAGCAUCGACAGGGCAAGGUUGGUGUUUGAUAGUUUGGGCCCUGACAAGGACAAGGAUAUCAAGGCAUGGAGCGCAAUGAUCUCGGGGCUUGCAAUUCAUGGACUCGCAAUGGAAUGCCUUGAUUUGUUUCUUAGCAUGAGGGGACUGGCAGUAAUUCCUAAUGCCAUAACGUUCUUAGGAGUUCUCAGUGCUUGUGUCCAUGCACGAUUGGUUAAUGAGGGUGAAAAGUAUUUUGAGCAAAUGGUGAAGGAGUUUGGUAUCGAUCCAAUGAUUCAACACUAUGGCUGCAUUGUGGAUCUUUAUGCAAGAGCCGGGCUUAUAGGAAAGGCAUGGGAUGUAGUGAAUUCGAUGCCCAUGAAACCCGACGUGCUCAUUUGGGGGGCUCUUUUGAGCGGUUCACGAAUGCAUGGGGAUAUCGAGACAUGCAAGGCUUCGAUCAAGCAACUUAUAGAGUUGGAGCCAACGAAUAGCGGGGCUUAUGUGCUUCUCUCCAAUGCUUAUGCAAAGAGGGGCAGGUGGGAUGAUGUGAGGAGAGUGCGAAAUCGUAUGGAAGAAUUGGGGAUUAAGAAGACGCCUGGAUGCAGUCUCGUCGAGGUGCAUGGCCACCUGCAUGAGUUCUUUGUGGCAGACCGAUCACAUCCGGAGAUGAGGGAGAUAUCUCUAAUGCUUGAGGAGAUUAUGGGAAGGUUAACAGUAGCAGGCUAUGUGGGGAAUACUGAAGAAGGGUUGCUGGACUUGGAUGAAGAAGGGAAGGAGUUAGCCCUAUCUCUUCACAGUGAGAAGCUGGCCAUUGCAUUCAGCUUGAUUAAAACAAGUCCUGGGACGGCUAUACGCAUAAUUAAGAAUCUAAGAAUAUGCAUGGAUUGCCAUGUUGCCAUUAAGCUUAUAUCCAAAAUCUAUGAUCGAGGGAUAGUUGUGAGGGAUUGCAGCCGAUUUCACUAUUUUCGAGACGGAUUCUGCUCCUGUAAAGAUUACUGGUAAUUCAGAAGCAUAAAUUCAUUCUGAUGUUACAACAGGGAUGAAAUACUGAUAUUUCCUGUUAGAUGUGUAAUUUUCUUGUUUCAUAAACAAAAUUAAUGUUUUAA